AUGGAGGAUGAUGCAGCUGUUUUCAUUCAGAGCUCAAAAGCAGAUCAAAGUGAUCCAAGUGCGCAGAACCAUACCAAGAAACUUCCUGAUUGCAACCUAACAAAGGUAGUUUUCAAGUAUGUAUGCGCAAAUGAUGAGUCUCAAAAUGACAAUAGGCCCUCCACCCCACUAAUAAGAAAGCAACUUAAGGAGACUGCAAAGUCAACCUAUGGAGUAAGAGCAUCAGGCAUCUGUUUUGUAGAAACUUCACUUUUUAAAGAACAUAUAAGAAGUUUGAUGGAUAGUGCACUUGAUGCUCUAAAUAUAAAAGACCUCAAGAUUACUCAUAUUGCAAAAAUUGAAGACUUCUCUCCCUAUGACAAUUUAGGCACUGGAUGCGGACUUCGAGUCUUUCUUGAUCAAGUAUUUCAGAUUCGUACUUGGGAAACAUUGACCAUCGAUGAUGAUGAUAAGCACUUGCUGGUAAUGAUUUUGAGCGAGUUAAAGAGAAAUGGAUUUGACUUCACAAACGAUUCAAUGACACUCCAGAAUAUUUCUGAAGCAGUUGAGAGGGCAAAGACGCGAAAGAUAAAUACAGUCAAACUUAAUCUGCCAGUUCCCCUGCUGGUGAACCUGAUACGAGUACGACUAUCAGUUGGGGAGAAUGUGCUGAAUCUGAUCUACCUAUACUAUCAAGUUGCAAUGAAUUUGAUUGAGAAACCUAGAUUUAGUAGUUGUAGCUACAACUUUGGUCACCAUUGGAGCUGGUGCAGUUUACAUCCUUUUCUCUUGCAAGAAACCAAAAGCUUGAUUAGACUGCAAGAACUUCAAGAUAUUCAAACUCAUCUUAGCCUCAAGUGAUCUUGGGAAAAAAAGUGUUGCACUGUAUCUUGUUUUGAUGGAUUCCAUGUCAGAGCUCAGAUGGUGCUGAAUUGGCUUUUGUUUCUCUUGCAUCCUUGACCAGCAG